GCAGGCUAACUUCACAGACAUGUUGGUUUGCCUUUUACAGUUAGUACUUGGCAGUAAAAAUCGUUGUCAUAGACCUAUAAAUAAAAUAAUAUGUCUAUGAUCGUUGUGUUCUUCAGCGGAUUAAGUAUUAGAGAUAACUAGAUAUAUUAGAGUCUAAUGAUGACUARACACACUACUCAAUAACUUGGAAAUCUGACCAUUUUGUGAUUGUUAGGUAAAUAAAAUUACCGAAAAUUAAAUGACAAGCUUAUGAUUAUUAUAGUUAAUAGCUAUUACCUAGUUUGUUUUGAUACAAACAAUUAUUAAGAAUAAAUUAUUGAUUACCUAUCUCUAGUUCUUAAUGCAGUUAAUCACCUACUUGAAAGAUACUAGCACGUAAUUGCUUAGCUAAUCGUUAUUGCUGUUAAUUGUGAGAAGAAUCAUUAGAGAUUGCCACAGUUGUCAAAUGUUAAUCAAACGAUUAUAUUCGAUUUUUAAAAAUACAUUUUCUGACAUGGAUAAUCUUAUUGCUGUUUGUCAAAUUACAUCAACUGCGAAUAAAGAAAAAAACUUUCAAGCGUGCAAGGCACUAAUUACUAAUGCCCAUAAAUGUGGAGCUAAAAUGAUUUUUUUGCCAGAGUCAUUUGAUUACAUUGAAGAAAAUAAAGCUAAAUCAUUAGAGAUGGCCGAAUCUUUAGAUGGAUCUCUUAUCAAUAAUUAUAAAUCAUUAGCCAAGUCAUUAGAUAUUUGGCUGUCUUUAGGUGGAUUUCAUGAAAAGUUUUCAGAAACUAAACUAAGGAACACACAUUUGGUUAUCAAUAAUAAAGGAGAAAUAGCUGAAACUUAUCAUAAAAUACAUUUAUAUGAUGUAUCAAUACCUUCAAAAAACAUCCAAGCAUUUGAAUCAAGUUUAAUUGAAUCUGGUACUGAAAUCUCACCACCAGUUAAAACUCCAAUUGGGAAUGUUGGUUUAGCAAUUUGUUAUGAUAUGAGAUUUUCUCAAAUGGCUAUAGCAUUAGCUGAAAAUGGUGCAGACAUAUUAACUUAUCCAUCAGCAUUUUUCUUCGGAACAGGUGCCUAUCAUUGGGAAAUAUUAUUGCGAGCCAGAGCCAUUGAAACACAAAGUUAUGUAAUUGCUGCUGCACAAACGGGUAGUCAUAGUUCAACUAGAAAAUCUUGGGGUCACUCACUGGUAGUUGAUCCACUAGGAACAGUAAUAGCACAGUGCUCUGAAGAACCUGGUUUUGUUUUGGCACCAAUUGAUUUAUCAUUAAUUAAAAGUAUUCGCCAGUCAAUGCCUUUGGAAUGUCAUAGACGAUAUGAUAUUUACCCAAAAAUGAUUUCAAAUACUUUAUGUAGGACUAAGACUAUUGAAGAUUCCAAUGAAUUUAAAUUUGGUUCAUCUAUAGUUAAAGGUUUACAAGUAUUUUACAAAACGCUAUCAUGCUUAGCAUUUACCAACAUUAAAUGUGUCUUACCAGGACAUGUUUUAGUGGCUCCUCUUAGAUCUGUGGAAAAAUUGACAGACUUAUCUACUAGUGAAGUUAUGGAUCUAUUCCUUGCAGUCCAAAAAGUUCAAAAAACCAUUGAACAAGUACACAAUACUAAUUCAUCAUCUAUUGUUAUUCAAGACGGACAACAUGCUGGGCAAACCAUUAAACAUGUUCAUGUUCAUAUUAUUMCAAGAAAAUCUGGAGAUUUUUUGGUCAAUGAUGAUAUAUACAGAAAAUUACAAAAUGAAAAAAACUGCAUUGAUCCAAAGAGAAGCGAUGAUGAGAUGGCACAAGAAGCUAAAUUAUUAAGAUCAUUUUUUUAAGCAAUUUGAUUUAAAAAAAUAUUGUCAUUAGUUGUUUAAAUUAAAUUAUUGCCUUUUACCAACAAACUGUAAUACACAUAUAUAAACUUAUUUCAUAAUAAAUUGUAAUUCAUAUUUUUUCUCACUUUAUUCUUAAACUAUUAGGUAAUGUAUAAUGUAAUUAAGUCUUUUGUAAUGGAUACAAUAAAAAAAAGUUAUAACUAAUUUCCUUCAAAUAAAAAAAAGGUUUUCCGCAAAAAAAUWAAACUAUUACCAAUUCUUAGAAAUAUGAAAACAUUGAACACGGUUAUCAUAAUUAAAUAAAAUUUUUUAUUGUUACAUUUUUUUUUAGGGCGGUACAUUAAUUAUUAUAGCUAUGAUCAACUAUUACUUCAAAAAAUUAWUAUAKUUUAAUAUUUGGUAUGUAACAACACACAAUUUAAAGCACACUGAUUUUUCAAUAAGAAAAUUUAAUGUUUUCAUUUUUGCUUAGAUUAUUAGGAGAUUUUAUUCUUUUGAAGAGAAAUUCCAUAAUUUUUAUGUAUGAAGGAAAUGACUUKCUCACAUAAUAAUAUUAGGUGUUAUGAAGUUAAUUUUAAAUGGU